GAGGAGGAUGAGCUCAUGAAAGCUUAGUGCUGGGUUUCUGGAAACCAUGCCUACCCCUUCAAGAUGGCCAUUUCCUCUCCUCAGGUCUUAGCUGCUUACCAGGAUGCAGUGAGCUUGUCUGCUACUGGGUUUUAUAAAACACCCAACCUUGGCUACAGCUUUGAGACAAACUCAGGGAAUCCCUUCCACUACUUCUCGUAUGGGGUGGCUUGCUCUGAAGUGGAAAUUGACUGCUUAACAGGGGAUCACAAGAACCUCCGCACAGACAUCGUCAUGGAUGUUGGCUCCAGUCUGAACCCUGCCAUCGAUAUUGGACAGGUAAGCUC